ACUCGGUGCGCUCGCGUUUCGUUAGUCGGUCACCAACUUCCGAGUCGAAUAGACGCGUCCGUUUUUCUGUGUGUUCGGUGCCCCAGGAUCGCCAGUUCGUUAUUUGGCGCCUCGACCGAUUCUGGUUGUUUUCUUUGUCGGUGACUAAAAGGAGGAAGAAAGAGAAGGAUUAGCUUCUGCUUAGUGAUACCAGUGAGUGAUGUUCAGUAAUUAUUGAUGAGUGAGUUUUUAUCUUAUAUGAUUGAGUGACUGUGGCUUUCUUCGGCUGAAAAAAUUGGGAACAAAAUAAACUGUCUGACAGUAAAUUAGGAACGCAGCCGAAACAACAGACAUUGUUGAACAUCUGCUGAUUCCACACAGCAAAGUCUCGAUCCCGGUUCCAAAUGUGCUCCAAAUGUGCGAGUAGCAGCUAGUCGACGGAGUGGCCGUUGCAGAGUGACAUCGGAUGGAACCAGUGGGCAGCAGCAAAACUCCGAACAAAAUGAAUCAUGUGCGAGCAGCCGCUAGAAUCUUGCACAUCUUGGCACUGUUGGGAUGGCUACCGUAUCUAACGGCGUUCCACAUUCCACCCACAAAACCAGGAAUCCAGACGUUGAGCAGCAUCAGACAGACAUCCACCAAGCAGAACCUUCUGCAUCCGGCGCAGUUUUUCGUGCCGGUCAAAGCGAACAACUCAUCCGACGAGGACUACGAAGGCUCGGCCGAAAGCAUAGACCGCAGUUUUAAGGCGCGCAAGAUUGUCUACAAAUAUCCGGUGCGAUAUUCGAAGAAGAAAGUCAAACACCCGCCGCUGCAUCCCAAGUUCUACACGCCGUACUCGCACUGGACGAAGUGCGACGUGUUCUGUCGACAGCGAAGGGAACGAUACUGCGUUGUGCGAUCGAAGUGCGGCUAUCACAUCCACGUGGAAGAACGGCGAUGUAAUCGACAUUUGUGUUCACCAUUGACGAUCCCCGGGGAAUACGAUCGUAUCCCGGUGCACAAGUACUCCGUCACGGGAGUCGAACCGUGGAAACCGAAGAAAAAGAAGAAACGGAUUAUCGUCGAGGAAGAAGACGAUGAUUACUAUGAUGAGGACGAGGAUGAUACCGAGUACGUGAUCGUCAAGAAGAAAGCUAAGAAGACAAAGCAUAACCGAUGGAAGCGCCCCCACAUCGUGUACAGACACAGGAAGUUCCCAAAGAAUCACCGUCUAGAAUCGGACUACGAAGACGAAACAGAAUACGUAACGGAACAGCGGAUCCACAACCAACGGAAACCCCUAAAAGUCAUCGUCGAUGAUUUCGACGAUCGUAAGAUCUUCAGCCCAAGUCCUCAUUUCCAUCAACCGUACAGUUCGGCGCAGAAAUUCCAGCGAAGACCUCACACAGCUGUGAUCAAACGAAAGCCCCAGAGGCUCACCGAUUACUUCGAAGACUAUUACGAUCAUCUAUAUCGGGACGGUACUGGAUUUGCCAACCGAAAAGAUGACCUGGUUGAUCUCGAUGGGUUGCCAGCCGUUCAAGAAGCGUUAACCUCGGUUACAGACGACGAUCAUGAGGACGCAAACGUCACUACGUCCUCGACGGAGUUCAAUAAACUAAUGGAAUCGUUUCCAACUACCGAACCUUCGUCAGGGGAGUCACAUCACACUAAGCGAGACAUUAGUAACUUCCUGGAAGACUCCGCGGAGGAUCUGGAUGGAUCACAAGAAGAUGACUUCAACAGUGACAGUCUAGAUGAAAUCUCCAAUGAUGGCAAGAAAAAUCCUGAAAAGAGCAUGCUCAAACUUGGGACGGCCGUAACACAGAAAAAGGCGCGGGAGAAGGCGGUGUUCGAAAUGCCACGAAAGGUUGACAAUCCGUAUUCCAAGUGGAGCCGAUGGUCCAAGUGCACUGCGAAGUGCACCACUCGGAGAUUCAAACGAUGUAAGAUUCCGUCCAUCUGUAGCAACGACAUCAUCCGAGAGGUGGCCUACUGCUACACCGAGGGCAGUUUCUGCGAGGAAUGGAUCGGUAACCAACUUUAUCAGAACAAUAGGCCUCAGCAAACGCCGGCGAUCGUCGCUACGACUCCGAAACCAACGAAACCUGCCCGAAAUCAGGCGCUGUCGAACUACCAGCCGGUAGGUCGGGGGCGAAGUGAUUUUCAGGAUAACUCGAUCGCACAACAACCUGCGGCCAAUCGGAGAGGAUUCCUCCAACCGGAAUACAUGCCGCAGGAGUUGACCUGCGGUAUUCCAGCGGUACGUGGAAAACCGAAGAAGUAUCUCUACAAUAUGCUUCGCAUAAUCGGCGGGAAAACGUCUCGCAAAGGUCAGUGGCCAUGGCAGGUUGCCAUCCUGAAUCGGUUCAAGGAAGCCUUCUGCGGAGGAACUCUGGUCGCACCGCGUUGGAUCCUAACAGCGGCGCACUGCGUCCGCAAACGGCUCUUCAUUCGCCUUGGAGAGCACAACCUUCAGCAGCCGGACGGAACGGAGAUGGAGUUUCGCAUCGAGUACAGUAUUAAGCAUCCCCGGUACGACAAAAAGAUAGUGGACAACGACGUAGCCCUACUGAGGCUUCCCCGUGACGUCGAGCGGUCCAACUACGUGGGGUACGCCUGCCUGCCGGAACGGUUCCAAGCCCUUCCCACCGGCAACACGUGUACCAUCAUCGGGUGGGGCAAGAAGCGGCACAGCGACGAGGCCGGAACGGACAUUCUACACGAAGCCGAAGUUCCGAUCAUCAGUAACGAGCGUUGCCGAGCGGUGUACCACGAUUACACCAUUACGAAGAAUAUGUUCUGCGCCGGUCACAAACGUGGCCGCGUGGACACGUGCGCCGGCGAUAGCGGAGGUCCUCUUUUGUGUAGGGACUCCACCAAGGAGAACAGUCCUUGGACGAUAUUCGGAAUAACCAGCUUUGGCGAUGGCUGUGGGAAGAAGAACAAGUUUGGUAUCUACACCAAGUUGCCAAAUUACGUGGACUGGAUUUGGUCGGUGAUAAACUGUAACGGAAACUGCCGAACGUGAUGAUGGCGGGAGGACGUAAGCUAUGUACGAGAAAGUGCAAAUGUGUGCGAGAGGAAACGGCGAGAGUAAUGAUUUCAGCUGGAUUUUUAUGUAUAAAUUAAGAUGCUUCUAUGCUGUAGAGAAAUGAUCCUUCCUCCACAGUUUUAUAUUUAUUGAUGAGCUCUGCGAAAUUGAGCUCAUAAAUAGAAGAGAUCUAGCCGUAUCGAUAAUUUCUACGUUAGUUAUUUAUUACGAUUACUGUGUAUAGUACUUUUACGAACAAUAAAGGUGAUAAUUUAAUAACAGUUA